AUGGGUCUCCCACAACAACCCAACCCAGACACCUCCUCCCCCUCCCACCCUCCUACCUCAACCACCACCACAUCCCCGCCAAAAGACCCCUCCACCCUCCCCCCCGAAGCCCUAGACCUAGCAACCAAACUCUUCGACUUCGCCCGCCAGGGCCUUACCCAGCAACUAAACCAAUACAUCACCGCCGGCAUCCCCGCGAACCUCACAAACCACAAAGGCGACACCCUCCUCAUGCUAGCUGCGUACCACGGGCACGUCGAGACGGUGAAAAUGCUUCUUGAGGCGGGUGCGGACGUGGAUGCGUUGAAUGAGAGGGGCCAGAGUCCGAUUGCUGGGGCGGUGUUUAAGGGGUUUGAGGAGGCUGGGGGGGUGGUGGAGGUGUUGGUCAAGGCGGGGGCGGAUUUGAGGACGGGGCAGCCGAAUGCGGUUGAUUCGGCUAGGAUGUUUAGGCGGGAGGGGUGUUUGAGGUUGUUUGGGGUGGAGGAGUGA